AGUGUGUGUUGCUAAUAUUCAACUUUAAAUAUGCGGCAUAAUGCCUGUCUCUAAGUGUAUUGCUUGUCAAAAACGCGUGCUAAGAAAAGACUUCGCUAUUUCUUGUGAUAACUGUGGAUUAUGGCAGCACAUCCGUUGUGGAAAUACAAAUAUUACACUUGCCCACUACAAGAGAGCUUUAGAAGAAGGUACUGAUAUUCAAUUUGUAUGUAUACCUUGUGAAGAAAGGGAUGUCUCUGCAGAACGAGACGAGGAGGUCAUGGACACCCAGUUCGAGGAUGUUGAUCAUGUGGACGAAGAAAGGGUCGCUUUACAAGAGGAUGUCUCCGCAGAACGAGACGAGGUCAUGGACACCCAGUUCGAAGAUGAUGAUCAUGUGGACCUUCUCAACGCGUCCGUGAACUACAAUGCAUCAGAACGCGAACCUCAAACGAUGACAGACGACCUUGAUGGAACUAUCAAUGAUGAUUCGCCAAUCUUGGAAACCCCAGGGAUCCAAGAAACGCUGGUUGCCGAGGAACCUCUGUCCACUUCCGUUGUCGAAGAAGAACCAGUUACAUACACGCUUCUACCAACGGGCAGCAAGUUCGGCAAACCAAUUGUUGUUGGGUCCGACGGUUACGCCUACAGCAUGUUGAAGAACGGUGGCCACGUUUGGAGAUGUAGCCAGAGAAGGAAAUUACACAAGUGCCAGGCUAAGGUGACUUCGCUCGGCGACAAGUACCAGAGAAACACCACUCUUCAUGUUUAUCCUGCCGACCCCAGUCUUCUCUACAAGAAAGAACUGUCCGCCAAGAUCAAGGCUCAUGCCAGUCAACAUGUCUAUCAGUCUGCGCGUGAUAUCGCGACAACAUCCCUGAACGACCGAGGUCAACGGCCGAGCCUGCCCAAGGUGGUAAACCUUACCAGAACAGCCAACCGUCAACGUCAACUGCUUCGCCCCCUACACCAUCUGAUCUGAACUUCGAAGUCAACCACGAAUAUCUACAGAGUGAGGAUUUCAUAAUUGGUGACCUUAGAGUUGAUGAGGAA